CUCAGCUAUAUGAAGAAGAUACAUCUGAAACUCGCCAGUGGCAGGGAAGUCUUCUUCAAUGAGAAUGGUGAUCCUCCUGCAGCAUAUGACAUCAUAAACUGGCAGCUUAGCCAAGACGGAAGACUGCAACAUGUGAUAGUAGGAAGUUAUGACACUGGGAAUAUAGCUGGAAAUGUUUUCACCAUCAAUGCUAGUUUGGUGCAGUGGGGCGCUGAAAAUAAAAAGGUCCCAGUGUCAGUCUGCAGUCAGAGUUGUCCACAAGGUUUCAGGAAAGUCACAAUAUCAGGGCAACCCAUGUGCUGUUUUCAAUGUGUCCCUUGCCCUUUUGGAGAAAUCUCCAACCAGUCAGAUUCAGUUGAUUGCAACAAAUGUCCAUGGGAUAUGUGGCCGAAUUCAGCACAUGAUCACUGCGUUCCAAAGAUCAGAGAAUUCUUAGCCUAUGAUGAUCCACUGGGUAAAACGUUAACCUCUACAAGUAUUUCUUCGUCAUUGAUUCCAGUGGCCAUCUUUGGACUAUUUAUUCAUUAUAAAUCCACACCUAUUGUUCGUGCCAAUAAUUAUUUUUUAAGCUGUCUUCUCCUGGUGUCAUUGUGUCUUUGUUUUCUUUGUUCUUUGGUUUUUAUUGGUUUCCCCCAUCCUGAAAAAUGUCUUUUGCGACAGGUUACCUUUGGCAUAGUGUUUGCCCUUUGCAUCUCGGGAAUUCUGGCCAAAACGAUAAUGGUUGUCAUAGCUUUCAAGGCUACAAGACCAGGCAGCCCCCUCAGAAAAUGGACAAGUCCAAUAGUAUCUUAUUUAAUAGUCUUUUCAUGCGUCAUUAUUCAAGCCUUUCUUUGCAUUGCUUGGCUAGUUAUAGCCCCUCCCUUUCUACAGUUUAAAACUGAAAUCAAAUCAGAUAUAAUUAUGGUUGAGUGCAAUGAAGGCUCAACCAUGGCCUUCUGGAGUAUGUUGGGCUUUCUAGGCAUCUUGGCCUCCAUCAGUUUUGUUGUUGCCUUCUUGGCCAGGAGACUUCCUGACAGUUUUAAUGAGGCCAAGUUCAUCACUUUCAGCAUGUUGGCCUUCUUAAGUGUCUGGAUAUCUUACAUCCCAGCCUCUCUUAGUUCAAAAGGAAAGUAUACAGUAGCCAUGGAGAUCUUUGCAAUCCAAUCAUCAAGCUGGGCUUUGGUAAUCUGCAUUUUUCUACCCAAAUGUUUCAUCAUAUUGUUCCGGCCGGAGAUGAACUCAAAAGAACAUCUCAUGGGUAGAGACAAAAACCUUGAUAAUAAAAAAUAGAAAAAAACAAA